AUGAAUGUUCAAAUUGUUAGUAAUGCACGAAACGACGUUGGUGGUACGAAUUACACCAACGAGUUUGUGAUGCCGUUGCCCACAUUACUAGAUGCAGAAAAUAAAGAGCUAUUUAUGAAGGUUUUAAAUUUCUCGUAUCCUUUAACUAUUGAAAAUGUUCAAAACAAGCAAUGUGGCGUACAACUUACAUCCGAUUCGGGAAUCGAAAUUAAAUUUAAGACCGAUAUGUUUUUACCGCCGGGCGCAUAUACGUUAGAGAAACUUCUCGAUACUUUAAAUACGUUUGUUUCCGAAUAUGAUGUAAAUUUUACAGUAUUAAAUAAUGGACGAAUUGGUGUAACUUACAAUAUCGAACGUGAAUAUUGGCAUUCUGACAUUCAUAUCCAAAGACUUGGAACAAAACCUCCCCAUCAAGUAUAUCAAAUUUUUUCCCAAAAUACCGAUAACGGAGACGAAUUUGAAAUUAAAUUUACAGAAUCAUUGGAAUAUAUGUUGGGGGUACGGAAAUUAAUUGUUCACCCCGAUGUGGCUGAAACAAAAUUAAAAUGGGAAAGCGGAUCUUUUUUUUUUCCAAAUCAUCUACAGCCACCCCAUGAUUGGUAUCGGUUCAUGAAUAAGACCAACGACAGUGGCAAUAACAAUUUUGCUUGCUCGUUUAUGGGUCAAGCCCUUCCCGAUAUUUCUAACGGUAUUGAUAAAAUGUUUGUAUAUUGUGACCAAUUAGAAAUGUCUAUUGUUGGCGAUACAUAUGCGCCGUUGUUGGCUAUUGUCCCGUUAAAAGCAAGAGAUUGGGGUAGUGGUGCAUUGUGUGUGUAUACCCCACCGAAUACACGACAUAAGUUAAUUAAGAGUAAAAUUAACGAAUUUAAAAUUGCGAUAUACGAUACAACACAUACACUAAUACCGUUUAGCAGCGGUACCGUUAAUAUCGAGUGUGUGGUGGAAUAA